UUUUCUCUCGUUACUCACAAACAGAAGAAGAGAUUUUGUCAACAGUGUAGGGAAUCAUUCUCGUAUAUGUAAUUGAGCAAGAUUAGUUCCUAAUACAAAGAUGGUGCUGUCCUCCUCACAGCAGCUCGUCAUGGCGUUCACUGCGGUGCUGCUGGUGUUCGUGCUGUUUCCGCGCAUGUUCAGCGGCGGCAGCAGCAGCAGAGACGGUCAGUCAUUCGAGCCGCGGAUCAGCAAGAGAGGUCCUGGUCCCGGUGUCGGUCCUGGUAGCGUGAAAAGUCACCCACAGUUCCACAUGAAUGCGGCGCCUCAGAUGUCCCAGAGUGUGGACAACAUGCAUCAGAUGAAGAAACUCAUGGAGCAGGAGCUGAAGAGUGACAAAUUCAAAUCCAGCAGCAACAAUAAGGGCUACGUCUUCACUCUCAUGCCCAUCUAUGCCAUCGGAGUUGGGCUUUUUGCUGCUUACAAGUUUCUAAAGAUAAAGUCUGCAAGUGAUUCUGAAGCUCAGAAAGCCAAAACGGCUCGAGGAGUGAAGAAAUCCGAGGAGACAGAGAAUCAGCUGAAUGAGCUGGAGCAGAGGUUGGCUCAGACCGAGAAAAUGCUCAACUCCAUACUUACCCAGCUGGACCCGCUUACAAACUGUGUGAAGUCUGUUGCCAUGGAGCAGAAGAACGAGAUAAUGUCGCAGCUGCAGUGCAUUCGGCAGCUAAUGAAGAAGAGAGGCAUGGAGUGUCCAAACAUCAGGAUAGAAGAGCCGACAUGUGAACGCAAUCUAGACAGACUCAUCGAGACUUUGGCUGCAGCCGAAAAGCUUCCAGAAACACGUCUGGAAUCACAAACACCUGAUGAAACGCAGCCACAGGAUCACCGAGCGCUCAGACCUGAUUCUGAGGAAGAGCUGGAGGAAGAUGAGGAUGAGGAGAACAAACACACAGCGGGAGAGGAAGAUGUGGGAAGUGAGAGUGACUCUAGUAUACCCUCCCUCGAGGACUCGGGCGACAUCGGUGUAGAUGAUGUUACCGUCGCUCAGAAACUUCCAGAAGAUCUGACAGGAGGAUUACGAAGACGCAACAGGCUUGAGUAACAGGGACAAUAAUCAGACAGAAAUCUAUUUAUAUAUUUAUUUAUUUAAUUCCUCAUGAUGAAGCGAACACUACUCAUUGGUUCAAAGUCUACAUAUUUAACUGCAUUUAUAAUUAAAAAUACACCGUUUACUUUCUUAAUACACUAUCAUUCAAAAGCCAAGGCUGCAUUUAUUUGUUACAGCAAAAACGGUAAUGUUGUGAAAUAUUAUUAUAAUUUAAAAUAGCUGUUUUCUAUUUGAAUAUAUUGUAAAAUGUAAUUUAUUUCUGUGAUCAAAGCUGUAUUUUCAGCAUCAUUACUCCAGUUUUCAGUGUCACAUGAUCCUUCAGUGUCCUGUGUCCUUGCUGAAUAAAUGUAUUUUUACUUAUGAAUUAAGUAAAACUUAAGUAGAACUUAUAUUAAUAAAAAAAAAUUACCCCAAACAUAUGACCAGUAGUAUAUCACGGUUUUCAACGUUGAUAAUAAUAACUGUUCAACUGUAAUAGCAGCAAAUCAGCAUAUUAGAAUGAUUUCUGAAGGAUCAUGUGACACUAAAGACUGGAGUAAUGAUGCUGAAAAUACAGCUUUGAUCACAGGAAUUUAACAAUAUAUUCAAAAAGAAAAACAUUAUUUUAAAUUGUAUUAAUAUUUCACAUUAUAACAAACUUUUGAACAUUAGUGUACAUGUUUUUGGUCUGUGAUCGAUUUAUCAGUGAUGUUACUCCACAUAAGAAAAUGUUUGCCUUCAUAAUCUGUAAUAACUUGCUCCAACUUUUCUUUUCGCUGACAUCAUCGAGGCCAGAGGCCAAGUAGGUGGGGAAAAAAUGUCAGCCAAUAGCCAAAUAACUGUUUGGUCAGCAUUUCUAAAAUCAUGACGAUAGUUAGCAGUAAUUGAAUGCAGGCUAAUGUAAUGAAGCUGUGUGAAUAUGAAUGUUUCUCCUGUAGUUUGAAUCAGUCAUAAUCAUGUAUAUGUUAGUAUGCACCUGCAGUCACGUCAGCAGUGUAUCCAAGGCAGCUAGUGACGUUUUGCGGUUCAUGUUUCAUUUGCAUGUUUGCCGUGGCCUGUGGAAGAGGUUUUACACAGCUGCAUGUUUCUGGUAUGACAAUCAUGUGUUCUGAAGCUAAUCAGACGUGAGGACCUCAAGCAGGACGUUUUUAAUGUUUCAUGUUUGAUAACAAACUUUUGUUGAGCAGUACGGUGACUUUGAGCUUUCAUUUUUAAAAUGUUUUUUGUGCUUGAAUCAAAUAUCAAACACUAAAUGUAAUCAUACUAUAGAUUACGUUGUUGCUGUCUGUGCCAUUUUUCAGAUUUAAUGUUUUUUUUUUUAUAAUAUGCUUCAUAUGUUAUUUAGAAGUUACAGAUAUUUUAGUUACAGAUUACCGCUUUUAAUAAAAUGUUUUGAGAAUAAUGAAAAUAUGAAAGUUCCAAAGUAGUGCUGAAAUCAAAACAUGCAACUGGUCCUAUUAGAAAAAUAUUUUUAUAAUUUCGUUGCAUGGCCUUUGAAUGAUGUGAUUUAGCGUCUGGAGAUCAUUGGAUGUGAAUGGCAUGUAAUAAUAAGACCCUGUACUUCCUGUGCUGAUUGUUUUUGCUGUGUAUGUAUUGCCUACAGAUGAGUAUGUUUGUUAUGAGCAACUGUUGAAAGCCUUAAAUAAAUCCUGGUGGUGGUUAUUAUUGCA